AUGUCGCUCAAACGCAAAGCAACCACAAACCCUACCAAUGAUGCCAAAAAGCCCAAAGCUAACGGAUCAAUUACCUCAUUCUUUGGACCACCAAAAACCGUUUCCUCAACUACCAAAGUAACUGGUACAUCUACAGAAACUAUUGAACCAGCUCCUGCUGCAUUCAAAUUCAACAAGGAGAAAUGGGUGGCUACAUUGACCGAUGAGCAGAAGGAUCUGUUAAAAUUGGAAAUUGAUACGCUUCAUGAGAGUUGGUUGUCGGUAUUGAAAGAUGAGAUUCUGGGGAAAGAAUUUCUGGAGUUGAAGAAGUUUCUGAAGAAGGAAUUGGAGGGAAAGGAUAAGAUAUUUCCACCGAUGGAGGAUGUUUAUUCUUGGUCAAGACAUACGCCUUUCAAUACCGUCAAAGCUGUAAUCAUCGGUCAAGAUCCAUAUCAUAACCUCAACCAAGCCCACGGUCUCUGUUUCUCCGUCCGCGCUCCUACACCCGCUCCACCCUCUCUCAGAAACAUUUUCAAAGCCCUCGCAAAAGAUUACCCAGACUUUAAACCACCUCCAAAUAACGGUGGUCUCCUCACUCCCUGGGCAGACCGCGGUGUCCUCCUCAUCAAUACCUGUCUUACCGUUCGAGCGCACCAACCCAAUUCCCAUGCAAACCAUGGCUGGGAGAAAUUUACUCAAAAAGUCAUAGAUACGGUUGCUCUCAAGAGAACAAAAGGAGUGGUAUUUUUGGCAUGGGGAAGUCCGGCGGGAAAAAGAGUUGCAAAGGUGGAUAGGAAGAAACAUUGCGUUUUGAUGAGUGUGCAUCCAAGUCCUUUGAGUGCGAGUAGGGGAUGGUUUGAUUGUGAACAUUUCAAGAAGACAAAUGCGUGGUUGAAUGAGAAGUAUGGGGAACAUGCGGAGAUUGAUUGGAGUUUGGGAGUACCGGCUGUUGAAGCGGGAGUUUGA